UCCUUCGGUUCGAGUCCAGCCUCCCCCCCGGCUCUCGGUCCCGGUCCAUGCCCGCCUCUGCGCUCUGAUCCGCGGUUCUCUCUCGGUCCUUGUUCCUCAUGGCCUCCAGAAGGCCGGACAGCUUCGACGGGUACGGGUUCCGGAGCGACCAGUACGGAGCCGGAUACCCGGCCCGGAGCUCCGGGCCCGCCAGCGGGGUCUCCGGGGAGCUGCAGCAGCACCAGUGGGUCACCAGCCCGCCGGACAUCCCGGGCAGCCGGAACCUCCACCCCGGGGAGCGGACGCCGCUGUACGAGGAGGCCGAGCCGGGGUCCCGCUGGGAGGCUCCGCAUGGCGCGGGCGUUCCUCCAGAACAGCUGAACCGGUUCGCUGGGUUCGGGAUCGGACUGGUCAGUCUGUUCACGGAGAACGUCUUGGCCCAUCCCUGCAUCGUGUUCCGGCGCCAGUGCCAGGUCAACUACCACGGCCGCUGCUACCACCUGAGCCCGUUCAGCGCUGUCGGCGUCAUGUACGCCAUCACCAAGGCCCAGGGGCCGAAGGCUCUGUGGAAGGGCAUGGGCAGCACCUUCAUCGUCCACGGCAUCGCCCUGGGCGCCGAGGGCGUCAUCAGCGAGUUCACGCCGUUACCACGGGAGCUUCCUCACAGCUGGAGCUGGAAGCAGCUGGCCGGACAUCUGCUGCUGAAAGGGCUAACCGCUGUGGUGGCGCUACCGUUCUACUGCGCUAGCCUCAUCGAGACCGUCCAGAGUGAGAUCGUCCGGGAUGAGUCGUCGUCCGGCCUGCUGGACUGCGUCCGUGAGGGUCUGACGCGGCUGCUGGGUGUCGGCGCCCCUCACAGCCGCCGCCUGCUUCCUCUCAGCUACCUGCUGCUUCCUGUGGCCGCCCACGCCAUCCUGCGCUACGCGGUGGCGGCCUCCGUCCAGCGGGCGGUGCUGUGGCUGCACCAGCGCGGCGGGAAGCGGCGCCCGGUCCCGUCCGACCCGCUGGACGCCUACUUCCCGGAGCUGGCGGCGGCGUGGGCGGGAUCUCUGGCGGCGGACGUGCUGCUGUUCCCUCUGGAGACGGCGUUGCACCGCCUCGGCCUGCAGGGGACGCGCACCAUCAUCGACGCCACGGACGGGGCAGAGGUGGCGGGGAGCGGCGGCAGCCCGCUGGUGCUGCCGGUCAACACGCAGUAUGACGGCCUGGCGGACUGCCUGCACGCCAUCCGGAGGAAGGAAGGCGCCGCCGGCUUCUACCGCGGCUUCGGCGCACUGCUGGCGCAGUACUCUCUGCACGGCGCGCUGCUGGCCGCCGCCAGGACGCUGCUCAGGAUCGUGCUGCUGGACGCCAAGGCCUGCUGAGGCGUCGCCAUGGAGACGCCAUGACCACAGGACUUUGGCUGGCUGGUAAUUGGCUGAUAAUCUGAACGCUGGAGGUUGAUCGUGUUACUGAUUACAUUAUUUCCACAUCCUCUCCUCUGAUCACCAUGGAAACCAUUUGUUGACUUCGAUUCUGUCUUCCUAUUGGCUGCUGGAAAACAAACCGGAUGUAAACAAGCGAUCCGCCCAGCAGAUUCUGUGUAUAAAAGUGUAAAAAAUUAAACGUCGUCUGUGAAAAUGUAAUUCAAAUUAAAUUAUUUGUGAUUCGUUGAUAAAUAUACAGAAUUUUCCUCCUGAACAAUUUAAAAUAAAUAAAUUGUCGUCAGGUGUUAA